CCACUCCCCCCUCCCUCUCCCCUCCCUCUCACUUCUGUUUUAGCCGCGGGCGGACGUCUCCCGCUGUUCCAGAUCACAAGCAUGUCUCGUCCCCUCACCGCCCUCGCCGCCCUCCUGCUCCUCCUGCUGCCGCCGACGCUAGUGCUCGGUGGGGUGAGCGCGAGGUCCCGCCUCUCACCGUCGUCCGGCCACCGCGCCAAGCGGGACGACGCGCUGGCGCAGCGUCUGGUGGCGCUGGGAGAGGACGCAGCCCGCGGCGUGGCCUACUGCUCCAGCGGCCGCCUCCCGCCCAGCGUCCCGUCGCUGCCCUCCCUCGGCGGUUGCUGCCCAGGGAGGAACGACGCGUGCUGGCUACCCUUCCGCGACUCUCGCUGCUACUGCGACCUCUUCUGCAACCGCACCGUGUCCGACUGCUGCCCCGACUUCUGGCGGUCGUGCCUGGGCGUGCCUCCCCCGUACCCGACGCCCGACCUCGGGUGCAUGCGUGGGGGGCAGAAGUUCCCACCCGGCAGCCGGUACCGCGACAACUGCAACCUGUGUGUGUGCGAGCAGGACGCGUGGUCAUGCGAGCAGAACCCGUGCCUUGUGAGGCCAGAGCUCAUCGCACGCGUGAACCAUGGACCGUAUGGGUGGACAGCCUCCAACUACACCUCGUUCUGGGGCAUGUCCCUGGAGGACGGCAUGUCCACCCGCCUGGGCACUGCCCAGCCUGACCCCGCCGUGCUGGCCAUGACCUCUGUGCAUGUGCCCAUGCGAGACGGUGAUUUCUUGCCGGAUGAGUUUGACUCCCGGGUCAGGUGGCCUGGCCUCAUCCACGCGCCCGAAGACCAGGGCAACUGCGCCGCGUCAUGGGCCUUUUCCACCGCGGCCGUGGCCUCGGACCGCCUCUCCAUCCAGACCCUGGGCCGCGUGCGUCACGGCCUCUCCCCGCAGCAGCUGCUGUCCUGCGACCCCCAGGGCUCGCACCCGGGUUGGAGGCCCGCUCAGGGGGCCGCCGGGGGUUGCCGUGACGGGAGGCUGGACCGUGCCUGGUGGUACCUGCGCCACGCUGGGGUUGUGACGGACGAGUGCUACCCACUUGGGGGGGGAGACCAACAGCUGCAGUGCAUGAUGGGAAGCCGGAGGUCAGGCCGGGGUCGUCGCGAGGCCACGCGCCCGUGCCCCAACCCCAGCGCCAACGACAACCGCAUCUUCCAGUGCGGUCCGCCGUACCGCAUCGCCACGGACGAGAUGGCCAUCAUGAAGGAGAUCAUGAUGAACGGCCCAGUGCAAGCGCUGAUGGAGAUACACGAGGACCUGUUUGUGUACUCGCGGGGCGUGUACUCGCACACGGACGCGGCGGCCUUGGAUCCGCCGCACUACCGGCGUCACGGGAUGCACUCCGUGCGCAUCGUCGGGUGGGGCACGGAACGGACUCCGCACGGAAACGACACCAAGUACUGGAUCUGCGCCAACUCGUGGGGGCCGUGGUGGGGCGAGGAGGGGUUUGUGCGCGUGGCGCGCGGGCGCAACGAGUGCGGCGUGGAAGGGCUCGUGACGGGCGUGUGGGCCCGUGUAACCCCCGACAUGAUGGCCACCGCGCCCCACGCCCAUCACCACCACCACCACCACCAUCAGCAGCAGCAGCAGCAGGGUGACUAUCAGCAUGGCGGCCAUGAUCAGCAACAUGGCCACCAGUAUGGCCACUGACAACACCAUCAGCAAGGCCACCGGUGUGGCCACCACUGGCAGCAACAGCCGUGUAUCCACCAGUUUGACCACCAGUUUGGCGACCAACAACAUCAGUCGUAGUUUUACCACCAACAGCGGGUGCCAUCAGCAGUAACAACAGCAGAGGAUUAUCACCAACAUGGACGCCAUCAGCAGCAACAAUAUCAGCAUGACCAUCAACAUGGCCACCAACAACAACACCGCUAGUGAGGCCACUGGUAUGGCCACCAGCAUGGCUCCGAGCAGCACUAACAACCGCGUGGCCGACAGUACGGCCACUACCAAUGCCAUCGGUCGCUGCGUGAACACCAACACGACUGCCAUCAACACAGCCGCCAUCAACAACAGCAGGAUAACCACCAGCGUGGCCGCAACCACCAACAAGAACAACAGUAGGAUCGUGAUCACCAACAAGGCCACCACCAACAACACCACCAUCAUCACCACCAAGGCCACCGGCAUGUGUGGCCACCACCAGCAGUGUAGCCACCACCAGCAGCAUGGCCACCAGUGUGGGUACCACCACUAGCGUGGCCACCAGCAUGGCCACCAGCGUGGCUACCACCACCAGCAUGGCUACCACCACCAGCAUGGCUACCACCAACAGCGUGGCCACGAGUAGAACAGUCACUCGCAGAGUACGUCCACGACCACCAACACGCCACCGCCAGAGGAUUGCGACGUUUCCCACUGGAGACCAAAACCCUGACGCAUUUCUCGGGUUGGCACUAGAUCUGUUAUCGAAGCCGCGCGCGGUUUACUGCAAUAAAGUUAAACACGGUAG